AUGGGGAGGGGAAACCAAACCGGUGUCUCGGAAUUCCUCCUUCUGGGACUGUCCGACCAGGUGGAGCAGCAGCAGCUCCUCUUCGCGCUGUUCCUCUGGAUCUACCUGCUCGGGGUCCUGGGGAGCCUGCUUAUCAUCCUGGCCAUCGGCUCUGACCCGCACCUGCACACCCCCAUGUACUUCUUCCUCACCAACCUCUCCCUGGCUGACGUCUGCUUCCUGUCCACCACGGUCCCCAAGAUGCUGGCCAAUCUCCAGACGAACAGCAAAUCCAUAACCUACACUGGCUGCCUGGUACAAAUAUAUUUCUUCUUUCUGUUUGGAAAUCUGGACCACUUUCUCCUCAUUGGGAUGGCAUAUGACCGCUACAUGGCCAUAUGCCACCCCCUCCACUACACCACUAUCAUGAGCCCAUGUCUCUGUGCCCUGGUGGUUGCUGGGUCCUGGCUUGUCAGUUCCCUCCUUGCCCUGACACACACCCUAUUGGUGGCUCGCUUAUCCUUCUGUUCCAAUCGUGAAAUCCUUCACUUCUUCUGUGAACUUUACCAGAUCCUAAAGCUUUCCUGUUCCAGCACCCUCAUCAAUGAAGUUGCAGUGUUUGUCUUGGCAGUAGUGAUUGGGUUAGCUCCAUUCACAGGCCUCCUGUUUUCUUACACUCGCAUCAUCUUCACCAUAUUGAGAAUCCCAUCUACAGGGGGAAGGUGGAAAACUUUCUCCACCUGUGGUUCCCACCUGUCCAUGGUUUCCUUGUUCUAUAGCACUGGCUUUGGGGUCUGCUUCAGCUUUAUGUCUACCCAAGCAACCCGGCAGGGCUUGAUAGCAUCUGUGAUGUAUUCGGUGGUCACCCCCAUAUUGAACCCCUUCAUCUACAGCCUGAGGAACAAGGACAUGAAACGGGCCCUGAGAAACAUGUUCAGCAGGAAAAUUCUCUUCCCCCAGGGACCAUGA